AUGCUUCGAGAUGGAACCAUAUACUUUGGUGUUAUGCUGGCAUCUACCUCUUCAGUACUCCUAUCUUUUUACUUAUUAUCUGAAUAUGAACAGGGUAUCACAGCCAUUUUAACCAACAUAAUAUCCUCCACAAUGAUUUCUCGCCUCAUGCUCAACAUUCGGGAUCCCAAAAACCGUUCCAGCCUUCGUCCAGAAGGGACGGCAGCGGAAACAAGGACUGGAGCCGUGUUUACAAGUAUCAUUCAAAGUUCAGCCGAUGGUCAAUCCUUCGCAAGUCGGCAGGACACAGAUACUGCUCUGCCAGUACAUUCACGCUACAGCGAACUCGACCGUCAUGAUUUCAUGAACAAUAGCAUAGAACUCCGCAUACGGACAACAUCGCAUACUUAA